UUUGAAACUGGCGCCGGCGGAGCGUUAAGGUCACGUGACGGAACGUCGCCAAUCGGCGCCGGCUUGUCUCGGCAUUCGGGGCUCGAACGCGGCGCGGUCUGACAGGAGCGGCGGCCCUGGCCGGCCCGGGCUGGCAUGGGUUGGAAUUGGAGCCUAUCUCCCAUCCCGAAGGCUAUCAGCAUCAUGUGGUUACUAACUGUUCCUCAUUCACCGGUUGAUGCCUCCCAGAAAAAAACGCCGCCAGCCUUCCCAGAAAGCCCAGCUGCUGUUCCACCAACAACCACUGGAGGGCCCCAAACACCGCUAUGCAUCUACACAGCUUCCCAUCACUCACACUCGACAGGUGCCCAGCAAGCCCAUUGACCACAGCACCAUCACUUCCUGGGUAUCACCUGAUUUUGAUACAACAGCAGGAAGUUUGUUCCCAGCCUACCAGAAACACCACCACCAAGACCGGGCGAGACAUUUAAGUCGAAAAUCUACCACUUCCAAGUUUCCACAGCUAAAUUUUGAGAGUCCGCAAUCUUCCAGUUCAGAGACAUUGGGGAUCCCCUUAAUCAGGGAGUUCCCUAGUCAAUCAGAAAAGCCUGUUUCCAGAAGACCCUUAGUUCCAGUGCUCAGUCCCCAAAGCUGUGGGGACAUGUCAGCUCAGGCACUUCAGAGCUUACCUUAUGUGUUCAUUCCACCUGAUAUCCAGACCCCAGAGUCAUCGUCUAUGAAGGAAGGACUCAUUCCCCCAGAUCAGAAGGAAAACAACCUUUCAAGCUGCUCUCUUCACACUGGCACUCCCAGUAGCCUGGAGCCUGGACCUGUUCUGGUUAAAGACACCCCUGAGGACAAGUAUGGAAUAAAGGUCACAUGGAGGAGACGACAGCACCUGUUUGCUUAUCUCAGAGAGAGAGGGAAACUGAGCAGAAGCCAAUUCCUUGUGAAAAGCUGACUGCCAUCAGCAAUCUCAAUAGAAAGGAGACACGUUUUCUAGAGUCAUAAGGGAAUUCAAUUCCAAGAACUUUUUUUUUUUUUUUUUGAGAUACUGUAUUGCUCUGUCACCCAGGCUGGAGUGCAAUGGUGCAAUCUCACUGCAACCUCCACUUCCCAGGUUCAAGAAUUUUCCUGUCUUAGCCUCCCCAGUAGCUGGGAUUAUAGGCACCUGCCACAAUGCCUGGCUAAUUUUUUUUUUUGUAUUUUUAGUAGAGACAGGGUUUUACCAUGUUGGCCAGGCUGGUCUCAAACUCCUGACCUCAAGUGAUCUGCCUGCCUCAACCUUCCUUGGAUUACAGACAUAAGCCACCACACCCAGCCAGGAUUUCCUUUCUAAAAUACUUUGUGUCAUAAUCAGUUUAGUGUCAUGAACUGUUCACUUCAUAUUUUUCUGUUUAAAUUUUUAAAGUAUCUUGUAAUAACUGUUUAAAAUGUAUGUAAAUAAAUGGGUACAGAAAGGUUUUUUAAGAGAAUCUUGCUUCUUGCCGGGCAUGGUGGCUCACGCCUGUGAUCUCAGCACUUUGGGAGGCCAAGGCAGGCGGAUCACCUGAGAUCAGGAGUUCAAGACCAGCCUGACCAACAUGUUGGCCAGAGUUUUAAAAACGCUGUCUUUUAAAGAAAAAGAGAAUCUUGCUUCUGUCAGUAAUACAGCAAUAUUACCCCAUCUACUAAAGGUUUUUGUUUCCUUAACCCCUACUCAUUAAUCCUUUAAUAGCUCUGCAUUUAUUUUUAUUUUUAUUUUUAGAGACGGGGUUUUACCAUGUUGGCCAGUCUGGUUUUGAACUCCUGACUGUGUGAUCCACCCGCCUUGGCCUCCCAAAGGGCUGGGAUUACAGGCAUGAGUCACAUUGCCUGGUCCAUUUUGCAAUUUUUUUUUUUUUUCCAGGACAAGGAGCGAUUUAUUUCAUAGCUGAGUGAAGGAUGAGGCCCACAGCCUCGGUAGCAGCAGAGGCAGCUUCUGUCUACCUAGCCCUCUCUUCUUGGUAUGGCAGCCAAAGGCCAGGUUAGGAGCGAGGGAGGCAGCCAGGGCACAGCCCUUCUGCCACUGGGCAGCAGCAGGCAGCAGUAGCAGCAGCAGGUUAGGGGUGGAGGAGGCGGGGUGUUAGUCUGGCUGGCUGACUCCCAUCCCUCUGUGGAUAGUGUUUGGUGAGGGUUGGGGGACCUAGACUGCUAUGUGGGGAGCAUUUGGAGUGGCUCAUUCAGAUGUGAAGAUGCGGCUGGAAAUGUCAUCCAGGAGCCAGUCUGCCCUGCAGCAGGUUCUCCCUGGUGACAGCACUGCAGCCCUGGAUGCACCAGUGGUGGCUGUGGAUGGAGUUCAGCUCCAGGGCCUCAUGGAUGGCAUUAGAGGACAGUGCUCUAGGCAGGUCCUGCUUGUUGGCAGAGAUGAGUAGGGUUGCUCUGGCCAGGCACUCCUCCAGCAGCAGGCUGUGGAGCUCCCGCCGGCAGUCCUGCAUGCGCUGGUGGUCCGCGCUGUCCACCACCCAGAUGAGGCCGUCGGUGCUCUCAAAGUAGUUCUGCCAGUAGGACUGCAGGGACUUCUGGCCACCCACAUCCCAGAUGUUCAGCUUGAAUCCUCGGUGCUCCAGGGUCUUGAUGUUGAAGCCCAGUGUCGGGGAGAUGGUGUCGAUGUCCUCCCCGUUGAACUUCUUCAGGAUGGUUGUCUUCCCAGCAUUGUGCAGGCCAAGCAUGAGCAGUCGCACCUCCCGCUCUUUCUGCUUCAUAUUCAGAAUGGUCAGGAGCCCCAUGGUCCCCGGAGCCCCCUCCUGGCCACCGUUUCUUCCCAUUCUGCGUUUUUGAGUACCAACUCUGUCAGGCUCAGUGGCAGUUUUUUGUGACCUGAUGGAUGAAAAAAAAUAAGUGACUCUAUGGUUGACUGCCACCUCUGCAACCUUGACUCAUCUGCUGAAAGGCAAGAAGGGCAGCAAGCCCUGUUUUAGGGACUACAUGAGAUCAGGGUAGAUAAAGGGAACAUAGAUGAGUGCUUGUGUUUUGAGUUUUUUUCCUAACUGAAACAAUCUGUAAAUAUUAAAUAGAAUGGUUUCUUAGAGUAACUGUAAAACUGUGUAAAUAAACAUGGAAAGUUUUCAAAGAA